UAAACAUCGUGCACAGGUCGGUGGACGGUUCGGGUGUGGUGUCGCGGUCGAGCGUCCUGUCCGGUCCUGUGUCCCUGGCACUGUCGGGCACGCGUUGCGGCGUGAGCGGUCCCGCUGGCUGACGCACGGAACAGAGUGCAGAAAUGGCGACCUGCGCGACCUUUCAGACUCAGUUAGCAGCCAUCAUGGACAUCCUGGCCAAAGCGGCGGUGGUGGAAAUCAGCAAACUGAUGGAGGAGAAGUGCUCCGUGCUGCGGGUGGAGGUGUCGCGCAGUCAGGGCGAGAACGACGCGCUCAAGAGGAAGGUGCUGCUGCUGGAGGGAGAGCUGAGGAGCCGCGGGCGGCCCGGGGGCUGCGAGGAGGAGUGGAGCAUCAGCCCAUGGAGGGAUGAGCAGUGUGCGCUGGCUGAGGAGGAGGGCUCCGUCCCGCAGCCUGACAGCAUGGGAUUUGAACCCAGGACCCUGCAGGAGGCAGACAUGGAAGGGGUCAAAGAGUCUCUUUUUAUUAAAGAAGAAAGCCUUGAAGAAGAGACAUGGAAAGGUGAUCCACGUGAACGGCUGAGGGCCAGUGGAGAGGGAGCAGCGCAGUCUACUGCGCACUGUGAUGAGAGGAUUCUCCUUGAGCAUUCCUGCUGUCGGCAGGUGUGCGACACCUUGGCUGCGGCCGCUAAUGCUCCCGAUGUUGCACAGAUCACACACCCCAUGUUUGUGGAUCAUACAGGGAUACAAGACAUGCAUGAAAGUCCACAGGAGCUCACUGAGCACAGGUCGUCAUUGCCAGGGAACCUGCAUGGCACUCAGAGGGUCAGUCCGCCUCGACUUAAGGACAGCAUGGGAGGUCUACGCAAUGCAGACUCGGAUGGUGCGGUGUAUGACCGAGACGGCGAACUGUGGAGUUCUUUUGUUCAAGAAAGCAUUGACACACAUACAAAUUAUAGAGACUGCUCAUAUGAAACAGAGUCGUACGCACAGAUUCUUUCAGUUCGUAAAGAGGUACAACCUGCACGUUCCUCAAUGGACGGUUCUGCUAACAGCUGCUGUGCUCUUGGGGGCCCAGGCAUUUGCGUGUUUGACACCGUAUGUGUGAAAAAAGAGACAGACAUGCAGACUGUAUGUACUGAAGGAACCAUGUCUGGUUUUGACCCGGGCAAGUCCAGAGAGCUCCCUCAGGGAAGGUGUGUAACAUUACCAAACCUAGAGCAGCAACAUGAGGAAGCUGCACAACAUGUAGAGCCAAGGACUUACAGAGCUGAAUCAGCCUUAUACACUCCGAGUAAGGAAGGGUAUACCUUGAAUAACAGGGUAAAUGCAGCAGCCAAGAUGAAGAACCACUGGAGAACCAGCGCUGGAGAAAAGCUGUUCAUUUGUUCUCACUGUGGGAAGAGCUUCAGUCGCUUGCCUUACCUUAAAAUACACCAGCGGAGUCACACAGGAGAGAGACCAUUCAGCUGCACGCAGUGUGGAAAGUGCUUCCACUGUUCUUCUCACCUAAAAAUACACCUUCGAACACACACGGGGGAGAGACCAUACAGCUGUGUUACCUGUGGCAAACGAUUCACUCAGCAAAGUAGCCUUAAAACACAUCAGAGUGUUCACAGUGGAGAGAGACCAUUUUCCUGCACGCAGUGUGGAAAAAGGUUUGCGCUGUUGCAUCACCUUAAAAGACACAGAAUUAUUCACACGGGUGAAAACUGAAUUUUGAAGUCAGCGGAUUUGGGUUGUCAUCAUGCUGCCAAUUUUGUGAUGCAAUUUUCCUGGUAAAAUGUGUAAUUGCAUGAAGGUUUGAUUUCAUUACGUGUCAUGUAAUUUUCAUUUUUUGCCAUCAUGAAAUCUGACAAUGGCUGCAACUGGUGACAGACAUUGUGGGUUGAAGACAUCCUUUGGCUUUCCUCAAAUGUAAACCCAUCUAAAUGUUGGAAAUAGGGUGAAAGACAGUAUGUUACCUUUUUCCAUUGAUCUGGGGUCCAAGUUUUAUACUCCUUUUACCAGGUUGUGAUGCUUUGUCUGCUGGCCUUGGAUACAGACGGUUACCGAAUGGCAGCCCUACCAUAAAUUCCAGCUUUUGAAUGUCAUGCUGGUCAGUUUUUGUUGCAACUGGGUCACAAAGACACUCAUUCAAUUCUAUGGUAAUUUUAUGGCUGUACUUUUGGGGCAUUUAGCGACUUUCCUGUGAAGUGUCUGUCUAUCCCUGUUGGUGAACUUUGACUUAU